UAAAUAAAUCCGAGCAAUCUGGUACCGGUACCGUAGUUUAACUGGUACCGUUAGUAGCGGUACUGGUACCGGUACCGUAGUUUAACUGGUACCGUUAGUAGCGGUACUGGUACCGGUACCGUAGUUUAACUGGUACCGUUAGUAGCGGUACUGGUACCGGUACCGUAGUUUAACUGGUACCGUUAGUAGCGUUACUGGUACCGGUACCAGUCCACCCCAACUACGCCAGAGGACUUCAAGAUGGCGGCCUAUCAGAUGUCAACAAAGGGUGACAACCCCGAGGAGUGUCCAGUGUGCCUGACAGGCUUUGAUGACUUAUUACAGCGGCCACGCACUCUGCCCUGUGGCCACACAGUCUGCACACUGUGCACAGAUAAGCUGAAGGAGCAGGGCCGUGUUACCUGUCCGGAGUGCCGCGUCAGACAUGCCGUGCCCGAGGGCGGGCAGUUCCCUGUCAGCUAUACAAUUGAGGCCUUCAUAAGAAGGCUGAGAGAUGGCAAGGCGGCGGCAGCCUCGCCGCCACCCAGUGCCGGGAAGGGGAAAGGGGCAGCAGGAUCAGCUGGCAAGAAGGGAGCAGCGGGUCUCUCCAAGAAAAUGCGUUCCUUUCUGCAGGAACAGGAGGCCACAGUUGUGGCCGCCAUCACCGCCUGCCAGGAGGCUCAGUCCCAGCUGGACCAGUAUGAGGCCACCCUGACAGGCUGGGGCGAGCGGCAGCAGCAGCUGGAGGACAGCCUCCAGGGACUGAUGGACCAGAGCAGGAGUUCCAGGGAGCUCCUGCAGCAUGAAAAGUUCCGUGUGGCACCGAAGAGGAAGGAGGCAAAGAAGAAGGAGCAGGAGCUGCAGGCUGUGCGGGAGAAGUUGCGCACUACUGCAACAGAGCAAGAGGCAUUCAAGGUUGUGGGUGAAAUGGUUCGUUACGCUAGUGAGGCGGAGCAGGUGUUGAAGGAGUGCCAGCAGUGUUUCCCUGACGCCGGCAUCCUCACCACCGCCAGGAAGUGGGGACCUUGUCAGGCCGAGGACUUCCGCAGUCUGACACAGCGCACCAGGAGCCUGCUGCAGGCUGGCCGGGUGUUUGCUGUGCACCAGGUGGGAGGUCAGCGCCGACGACACGCAAGAAUAAGCCUCGAAGCCGGCCAGCCGUGCCUCCAUGCCUUGACGGACCAUCCCCCGCCACUGGGCGCAUCAACCCUGCAGGCCGAGGACUUCCGCAGUCUGACACAGCGCACCAGCAGCCUGCUGCAGGCUGGCUGGGUGUUUGCUGUGCACCAGGUGGGAGGUCAGCGCCGACGACACGCAAGAAUAAGCCUCGAAGCCGGCCAGCCGUGCCUCCAUGCCUUGACGGACCAUCCCCCGCCACUGGGCGCGUCAACCCUGCAGUGUGACCAGCUCGAAGGAUUUUGUGAUACCUCGCCUCCAAGUUUGUCGUCGAGCCGUCACAAAAUAGCCCGUUUUUUGGCCCUUGUGCCGUGA